UUUGCUGUAUUUUUGAACAGGGUGAGUUGGUGGUUCCUCAUUUUUUUAAAUUUAAUGGACGAAACAGAGAAGACUCGUAAACAAAUGCAAAUCUUUGCUGCGAGAGAAAAAAUUUUAAAAAUAAAGAAGAUCGUUUUUAAAAUAAUUGAAGAAAUGCUGGAAAAAGAAAUUUCAGAAGAUUGGUUUCUGGAAAAUUGCCCUAAACUAUGUACUACUGAAUAUGAGGAUGUCAUAGUAGAAAGAAGUAUUGAUCGUCUUUGUGGGUAUCCCUUGUGCUCCAACUCUAUAAAACAGGUUAAGAAGCAAACAUAUCAUAUUUGUUGCUUAGACAACAAAGUUUAUGACCUUACUGAAAGAAAGUAUUUUUGCUCCAAUGAAUGUUUUAAAGCUUCAAACAUUUUGAAACAUCAGCUGUCAUCUCUCCCAUUAUACAUGAGGUUGCUACAGCUGUAAAUCUUUUUAAAAACACAAAAGACUGAUUUUGAUGUUUUCCAUCCUGCAAAUAAAAAAAGAAGCAAUUUAAUUCCCGUGGAAUUGUUAUUUCAAGAGCU